AUGGGCCCUCGGGCGCCCUCCGCAGGCCGGUCGUCCGGAAAGGUCAAGACCGUCGCUCUUUGGAGCAAGAACAAGGAUGAUUUGACCAAGCAACUUGGCGGGCUCAAGACCGAGCUCGGUCAGCUCCGCAUCCAGAAGAUCGCCUCUUCCGGUAGUAAGCUGAACAAGAUCCACGACAUCCGCAAGUGGAUCGCUCGCGUCCUUACCGUCAUCAACUCCGAGCAAUGA